GUUACGCGGGCGCAGCCGUGCACCUUUCCCCAGCCUCAGGCGCUGCGCAGGGACAGACAAGGCGUUCACAGCGUCCUGACCGCGCUCCACGCCCGCAGCCGCCAGACGGCAUCGCCUGCGUCCGUGCCCUCCCCAGCCGGUGAGCGGGAGCCGCGGGGGCAAAGGCGCAGCGGCCGGCGGACCAUCUCUCGUGCCCUCGAUCUCUGCCCUCCGGAGCAGCUGAGCCCCGGCCACCUGCCUUCGAAGAUGAAGAAGCUCCAGGGAGCUCACCUCCGCAAGCCUAUCACCCCAGACCUGCUGAUGACCCCCAGUGACCAGGGCGAUGUUGACCUGGAUGUGGACUUUGCUGCAGACAGGGGCAACUGGACAGGAAAGCUGGACUUCCUGCUGUCCUGCAUUGGCUACUGUGUAGGCCUGGGGAAUGUCUGGCGUUUCCCCUAUCGAGCCUACACCAAUGGAGGAGGUAUGGGCCUGAGGUCCUGUUGGAGGGUGUCUGGGGUGAUGGGCCAAGGCCCUGGGGUAGAGUGAGCUUUUCGGUGGCCUCAGCCACUGUCUCCUAGGUGACCUUGGGCAGAAUUCAUUGAAAGUGGUUUAUAGUUACUUGGGGCUGGGAGGAGAGAGUUCGCCCUGUCUUGUCCUUCUCAUCCCCCAAGCCCUUCCUUUCUCCCUCUCAUCCCCAGGAAGGAUACCCACAUGGUUCCCUCUCUAAGGCUGGCCACGCCCUGCACGGUGGGCAGAGGCAGCUGCCUCUGCUUCGUGAUAAAGAGCUGUAUCUGCCUGCCAAUGAUCACUGCUCUUUCAGUGUUCUCCCCACCCCCUCCUUUCCCCACCUCCUCCUGAGCUGUGCUCCAUCAAUCAUUCCCUCUCUUGCAUCUCCAGUCUUUCCUCCUCUCUUGGUUCCUUCCAUUCAGGCUGCAAACACAAAGUCUCCCAUCUUAAACAAAUUUCCUUUCGUCCCUGCUUCUCCAUCAAGUGACUGUUCCAAGUCUCAUUAGCAAAAGCUGGGGCUGAGCACUUACCACCUGUCAGGCCCUGGGUUUGGUGCUUUCUGUGCCCAUCUCAUUUAACCCUGGUGAUGACCCUAUUGGGUAGGCACCAUGGAUACGAUGAGGUAGCUGAAACUUGAAGAGACCAGCGUCCUUGCCCAAGGUCACAGGGUGGCAGACCCAACAUUCCAAUCCAGAACUAUCUCCUCCCUGGCCAGUGUGCUCUCACCAGUACUCUGUAUCUCCUCCCGUCUCUAGCAAACUCUUGAAGGAAGCAUAUAUUGAGAAAGUGAGAGAAAUCCAAAUAAAGCUAGAGAUGAAGCAAAGAAAGGAUAAAUUUACAUGACUAGGAUGUGUGGGACUGGAGCUGGCCUCUGAAGCUCCAGGACCUUGAAGAUCCCCAUGGUGUCUCUCCACAAGCACUCUCCCCAUGUCCCUACUCGUCCUCUCUGUGUGCUGUGGCCUUGUUUUGUCCUGAGACAGGCUUCCUCCCCGCAGUUGGUGGGGGGCAGGCCUCGGGGGGAGGUGGCCACAGACAACUCUGCAAUGACUUCAUCCUCAAAUAGGUUUAGCAACCCAAGAGCUUUGCAGAACUGCUCUGUCUGAAUGAAUCUAUACAGAAUUGCAGGGAAGGUCUCUGAUAAGCCUGGCUCUGGACAGGUGCUCACUGAGGAAGGUGGAGAGGGCGAUGAACUCCCUCCUCUCAGCCCCAAGUUAUGACAAACCACUUCCAACUAAUUCUGCCCAAGGUCGCCUAGGAGGGGGUUGGUUGAUGUGACUGGCAGCCCUUCCAGAGCCAUAUGGUGGUGGGCAGUUCUCUAAAGGAGUGACUGCCAGUAUGAGAAUCAAAGGGGAAGGGCUGUGGGCCCACGGAACCACAGGUGGCAGUCACAAGUAUCUGAGGCGACGUGGUGGGGAGGGGCAGGCAGAUAGAGUGGAGCCAGAUUCUGAAGGGUGCUGGUUUCUGUACUGAGGAGUCUGCACUUUCUUCAGUAGGAAAUUCACACGUUCUCUCCCUCAUUCAUUCAUUCACUCCCUCAGCAGGCGUUUCUCAGCGUCUGCGCUGAGCCCAGCACUGUUCUGGGCACUGGGGCUCCAGAGGUGAGUAAAUACCUGUUGGCCACUCUGGCCCUCAGCAGUCUGGUGUAGAAGAGAAGAAACCUACAGUGUUCCAUCAGGCGCCUUCCUCGUACCCUACUUCCUCAUGCUGGCCAUCUGUGGCAUCCCCCUCUUCUUCCUGGAGCUCUCCCUGGGCCAGUUCUCCAGCCUAGGGCCGCUGGCUGUCUGGAAAAUCAGCCCCCUCUUCAAAGGCGCCGGCGCAGCCAUGCUGCUCAUCGUGGGCCUGGUGGCCAUCUACUACAACAUGAUCAUCGCCUACGUGCUCUUCUACCUCUUCGCCUCCCUCACCAGCGACCUACCCUGGGAGCACUGUGGCAAUUGGUGGAACACAGAACUCUGCCUGGAACACAGAGGAUCCAAGGAUGGCAACGGGGCCCUGCCCCUCAACCUCACCUGCACCGUCAGCCCCAGCGAGGAGUACUGGAGCCGCUACGUCCUCCACAUCCAAGGCAGCCAGGGCAUCGGCAGCCCUGGGGAGAUCCGCUGGAACCUCUGCCUCUGCCUGCUGCUGGCCUGGGUCAUCGUAUUCCUCUGUAUCCUCAAGGGUGUGAAGUCUUCUGGCAAGGUGGUGUAUUUCACGGCCACGUUCCCCUACCUCAUCCUGCUCAUGCUGCUGGUCCGUGGAGUCACCCUCCCAGGGGCCUGGAAGGGCAUCCAGUUCUAUCUCACCCCCCAGUUCCACCACCUGUUGUCUUCCAAGGUGUGGAUUGAAGCUGCUCUUCAGAUCUUCUAUUCCCUGGGUGUGGGUUUCGGAGGGCUCCUCACCUUUGCCUCCUACAACACAUUUCACCAGAACAUCUAUAGAGACACUUUCAUCGUCACGCUGGGCAACGCCAUCACCAGCAUCCUGGCUGGCUUUGCCAUCUUCUCCGUGCUGGGCUACAUGUCUCAGGAGCUGGGCGUGCCUGUGGACCAAGUAGCCAAAGCAGGCCCUGGCCUGGCCUUUGUCGUCUACCCACAGGCCAUGACCAUGCUGCCUCUGUCGCCCUUCUGGUCCUUUCUCUUCUUCUUCAUGCUUCUGACUCUCGGCCUGGACAGCCAGUUUGCUUUUCUGGAGACCAUUGUGACAGCUGUGACGGAUGAGUUCCCAUACUACCUGCGGCCCAAGAAGGUGGUGUUCUCAGGGCUCAUCUGUGUGGCCAUGUACCUGAUGGGGCUGAUCCUCACCACCGAUGGGGGCAUGUACUGGCUGGUCCUUCUGGAUGACUACAGCGCCAGCUUUGGGCUGAUGGUGGUGGUGAUCACCACAUGCCUUGCCGUGACACGGGUGUAUGGCAUUCAAAGGUUCUGCCGAGACAUCCACAUGAUGCUGGGCUUCAAGCCGGGCCUCUACUUCAGGGCCUGCUGGCUGUUCCUGUCCCCAGCCACGCUCUUGGCCCUGCUGGUGUAUAGCAUCGUCAAGUACCAGCCCUCGGAGUAUGGCAGCUACCGCUUCCCACCCUGGGCUGAGCUGCUGGGCAUCCUGAUGGGCCUGCUGUCCUGCCUCAUGAUCCCAGCUGGCAUGCUGGUGGCUGUGCUUCGAGAAGAGGGCUCAUUCUGGGAGCGGCUCCAACAGGCCAGCCGGCCGGCCAUGGACUGGGGACCAUCCCUGGAGGAGAACCGGACGGGCAUGUAUGUGGCCACGCUGGCUGGGAGCCAGUCACCAAAGCCACUGAUGGUGCACAUGCGCAAGUACGGGGGCAUCACCAGCUUCGAGAACACGGCCAUCGAGGUGGACCGUGAGAUUGCAGAGGAGGAGGAGUCAAUGAUGUGAGGCAGGAGGCAGGUGGGCCUCACAGUCCCUUCUUAGAAGCCUGCAAAGGUCAGCUGUGCUCUCUGGGAUUCUGAGAGGCUAUGGGGGGCUGCCAUAAAGAUGCCAGUCCCCCAGUGGGGGUCCCUCUUGCAGCCUCUGCCUCUCCUGAAACCUCUGACAACCCCCUACGCACACAGGCAUACUCAGACCCACUCAAAGCUGAGAAUGAUCCAACUCAGCCCUACUUUGCAGAUGGACAUAUUGAGGCCAGGAGGGGAGGGACUUGCCCUAGGUCUCAUGGUAGAGGGGACUUGACCCCACACCUCCUGACCAGUCAGCUCCCUUUCCCAUGGGGCAGCCGGCACCACCUUCUCAUCUCUAUUCAGGGCCUACACCCCUCCCUGUUUAGGGGGAGCCUGUCCCCACGCACCUCAGCACAACCAGAAUCUGGAGCUGGGCAGGGAGGGUCAGGGCCACAGAGGCUCUUGAGGCUCUGAGGCCCUGGGGAUCAAGGGUCAAUGAGUUCCGUGGGAAGAAGGAUCCCUGGGGGCUCCUGUGUGCAGGACUCCUGAAGGAGGUGGGAGCUGAGGGCCCUGGAGGAUGGGGAAGUUUGCAGAGAGAGGAAAAAGAGGGCAAGGUCGGGAGGAGCUCUGGGCCAGAGGAUGCUGAGCUGCCUGGGCAGAGACCAAGAGGGUUGGAGACAUUGAUUUUACCAGGUUACAGGAGGGUUCCAGACAGAAGGAAAACUAACAGAGGGGAGCCGGGGAUGAUGGGGUGGGCAGGGGAUUUGCAUGAAGAAUAUCAUUCUGGGUCUGUGCAGGGUGGAUUGGAGGGGACAGGGUGGAGUGGGGAGGUCUGUGCAAAGUGGGAAAGGGGUGCCAGUGGCCUGAGCCAGGGCGCUGGGGCUGCGGGUGGAGACAGGAGGCCCCAGCACUUCAGAGAAAGGCCACCCCUUCACCCACUGGACCCCAAGCCGCACAAGCUGGGGAGGUAGGAAGGGUCACUGUGAGGGCCCAGGGCCCCUCUCUUCCCAUCUCCCUUGUCCUGGUGGCCUGCAGUGUCUCCUCCAGUUCAGGAGCUGCUAGGAAGCUGGCUUUGGUUGCUGGUGACAGGGCAACCGUGAGACUAGGAGGUGGCCCACACACAUGGCUGGCUGGUCCCGAGGUCACCCACUCUGCUCCAGGACAUGGGCCCUGGGCCCGGUGUAGGGGUAGAGGCAGAGGGCAGAGGGUAGCCCUUGGUAUUGUGGGUCCCUCAGAGAGGAGGGUGGGGUGCAGAAAUGCCUCAGCAUGGCUCAUGCACACAGCAUUCUCCCGUGGGGCAGGGCUCCCUCGUGCACCUGUGGCCAGCCUCUAUGCCUGUCUCUCGCUGUGUCCCCCCAUCUCCUUGUGUUCUGUUGGUUUAUUGUUAAUAAAUAUCAAAUGAGGUCAUGCUCCUUA